AUGAGAAAACAUCUUGACACGAUUUCACAUCAUAUUUCUUUAUACAAAAAGAUACUGUUCUUUGGAAUGUUGGUCAUACAAUUUGUAGGAUUAGCAUUGAUAGGUAAUGGACUUUAUCAAUUUUUUAUGUAUGAUCUCUCGAACGACUGGCGAUUGCCUUAUAUUUGGUUUGCUUCAGUAGGAGUCUCACUGGUGGCAAUCUAUGUAACUUUAUCAAAUCUUGUUUUAAAUCUUCGAGCACUGUCGGUUGCUUUCAUUCUAGAGAUCCUGAUGUUCUUGGUCAUUCUCUCCUGUAUAAUUAUCGUUUCAAUCACUACCAUCAAGUUUAGUGAUACCCUGAAGUACUGCUACUCUGACCACAACGAAAAGGCCGGUACCUGCAUUCCAUUUUUUGGUCAACUUUUCUGUGAGAAACACAUUACAACAGAGUGCCAAUCACUACACCGUGGUUUCAGUUUGAUUAUCGGUGGUGAAUGUGCAAUGGCUUUGAUAUCUAUAUUAUUUUUAUUUACAACAUUUUUAAAGAUGAAUCCACCUUCCUUCUCAUCUGACCCACAAUAUGAACCACUCCUCCAAUCAGUUGAUAUUCAAUAA